GCCGACUCGAAGGCUUGGGGGACAGAAAGCGUGGAAGAAGGCAGUCGCUGAGCGUGGAUUUGGGGACGCGAGCAGAAAUGGAAACUGAAAAUAAAAAAACUAUGGAAGAAAGCACUGAGAAGAGAAAAGAAGAAAAAAAGAAACGCUCAAGGGUUAAACAGGUGCUUGCAGAUAUUGCCAAGCAGGUAGACUUCUGGUUUGGGGAUGCAAACCUUCACAAGGACAGGUUUCUUCGCGAGCAAAUUGAAAAAUCUAGAGAUGGAUAUGUGGACAUCUCUCUUCUGGUAUCUUUUAACAAAAUGAAGAAGUUAACCACUGAUGGGAAGCUAAUAGCAAGAGCAUUGAAAAGCUCAUCUGUGGUAGAGUUGAACUUAGAGGGAACCAAAAUCCGGAGAAAAAAGCCCCUAGGUGAGAGGCCAAAGGAUGAGGAGGAACGCACCGUGUAUGUGGAGUUACUCCCCAAAAAUGUUACUCAUAGCUGGAUUGAAAGAGUAUUUGGGAAAUGUGGCAAUGUGGUUUACAUAAGUAUUCCACAUUACAAGUCUACAGGGGAUCCCAAGGGAUUUGCCUUUGUGGAGUUUGAAACGAAAGAACAAGCAGCAAAAGCCAUUGAGUUUCUUAACAACCCACCCGAAGAAGCACCAAGAAAACCUGGCAUAUUUCCCAAGACAGUUAAAAACAAACCCAUCCCUUCCUUAAGAGUAGCUGAAGAGAAGAAAAAGAAGAAGAAGAAGAAAGGCAGACUAAAGAAGGAAGACAGUAUGCAGGCCAAAGAGUUAAGUAUAGACACCGGUAGCACGGAUGUGUGCAAAGCUAAGAGACCAAGGACGGCCUCCGAAGAAGGCUCUGAAGCAGAGACUCCUGACGUUCCAAAGCAACCUGCAAAGAAAAAGAGGAAACGAGACAAGGUCGAGGUAUCCGUCUUACCUGAAGUCAGAACAGGGAAGAGGGAGCGAAGCAGCGCUGAGGACGAAGACUGCCUCCCCCCCAGGCCAAAAACCAAGAAAAGGACUCAGAAGGAUGGCCUUAGCGAAGCUGCUUCUGAAGUCUCCAAGGAAAGCAGAGACUUAGAAUUCUGCUCUACAGAAGAGGAGAAAGAGACUGGAGACACAAAAGGUGACUCACUCCUGAAAGUGAAGAGGAAGCAUAAGAAAAAACAUAAGGAGAGACAUAAAAUGGGAGAAGAGGUUAUACCGUUGAGAGUGUUGUCCAAAACUGAGUGGAUGGAUUUGAAAAAAGAGUACUUGGCGCUGCAAAAAGCCAGCAUGGCUUCUCUGAAAAAAACAAUAUCUCAGAUAAAAUUGGAGUCAGAAAUGGAAACAGACUGUGCCGCGGCUGCUGAGUCUGGAGUGAAUAAUGGGAAAGCAGUUGGCCCUCCAGAGUGCUGCACCCAGGAGAAGGCCAGUGCACAAGGUCCACAGUUCGUGAACGGAGUUAUUGUGAAGAUCACGAGCACAGAGCCUCUACCUGGCAGGAAGCAAGUCAGGGAUAUUUUGGCCACAAUCUCAGAAGUUGUUUACGUUGAUUUGCUAGAAGGAGAUACUGAAUGCCAUGCCCGGUUCAAAACUCCCGAGGAUGCUCAGGCGGUAAUGAAUGCACAGACUGAAAUUAGAAAGAAGCACUGUUGGAACCUCGAGGUCCUUUCUGGUGAUCACGAGCAGAGGUACUGGCAGAAGAUUUUGGUAGAUAGACAGGCCAAACUUAAUCAACCUCGGGAGAAGAAAAGAGGCACGGAGAAGUUAAUCACCAAAGCUGAGAAGAUUAGACUGGUCAAGACUCAACAAGCCAGUCAGUACAUUCGGUUCUCUGAGUAUGAUUGAGAAGGACGGCAGCUC